AUGUAUUUAAAUAGAAUAUUAUGUUGUUUUCUCAUUGGUCUGAACGCUGCUCUUUCAUCGAAAGUUUUAGAAUUAAGUGAUAAGUUUAUUGAUAUCAGUAAGGAUGGAAUAUGGUUUGUGAAGUUCUAUGCACCUUGGUGUGCCUACUGCAGCAGAUUAGAGCCAGUUUGGGCACAUGUGGCACAGGGUUUAUUUAAUACUCCUAUAAAAGUGGCUAAAGUUGACUGCACCCGUUUUUCUGCUGUCGCUAGUCAUUUUCAAAUUCGAGCUUACCCAACAAUAAUGUUCAUUCAAGGCUCAACAACACAUGUGUAUAAUGGGGAAAGAAUCAAAGAAGAUAUGGUUAACUAUGCAUUAAGAAUGGCCCAACCACCAGUUCAGAAGGUAUCCUAUGCAGAUAGCAUUGAAAAUUUGAAAGAUACACAUGAUAUCUUUUUUGGUUAUAUUGGAGAUCACCAAGAUACUCUGUGGGAAGUGUACACAAUUCAAGCUAUUAAAUAUCAACCACAUAAUUGGUUUUAUUCAAUGACUUAUGAAACUGUUAAAAAGGAUCUAAAACCACCAAAUAGUACCUGUGUUUUUGUUUUUAAGGAUGAUGAUAUAUAUUACUUUGGAGCAACACCAGAAUUAAUACAAGAUAAGGAAACAUUGAAUACAACUUUGGAUAAAUGGGUACAUUCUGAGAGAUUUGGUUUCUACCCUAAAAUCACAAGGUCAAAUUUCAAUGAACUACUGGACAUAGAAAAGUACUUGGUCAUUACAGUAGUUUCAGAAAACAAAUUAAAUGAAAUAUCACAAACAGAAAAAGACUUCAAGGAUAUGAUUGAAAGUAUAAUAAGAAAAAGAAAACAUGAACUUCACCAUAAAUUCCAGUUUGGUUGGAUAGGUUCCCCAGAUCUGGCAAACUCAAUUGUUAUGUAUGACUUAUCAGUUCCUCAUAUAAUAGUCCUAAAUUCAACAACCCAUCACCAUCAUUUGCCCGAUGAUGACCCUAUUUUAAUGACGCCUGAGGCUGUAUCAAUGUUUCUUGAUGAAAUACAUAAUGAAAUUGCACCAGCAUAUGGAGGAAAAAGUUUCAUUGUAAGGCUGUACAGAGGAUUUUACGAAGCCAGAGCUACUGUAAGCAGUAUGUGGCGUGGAAAUCCCAUUUUAACCGCAUUGGUAUUCGGCCUCCCCCUUGGCUUUCUCUCACUACUCUGUUAUUCUAUAUGCUGUGCGGACAUUUUGGAUGCUGAUGAGGAAGAAUAUCCUGAUCAACACGAGAAGAAGGAUUAG